AUGCCAGAACCCACUAAAACAGCUGGUUCUGGAAUUUCUGUCCAAGGACCACCUGGACGUCCUGGAUCACCUGGGCCUAAAGGAGACAAAGGUGAUGCAGGUGUACCAGGAGCCCCUGGAAUCCCUGGUGGAGAUGGAUCCAGAAUUUCUCAGGGCCCUCCAGGUCCUCCAGGUCCUCCUGGAGCUCCAGGAGUUGGAAUUAGUUCAAUGCAAGAGAUCCAACAGUAUGUCGCUGAGUACCUACAGAGUGAUAGUAUUGGCCGUUACCUGAUUGGACCACAAGGCCCACCUGGUCCUCCAGGACCUCCAGGAAUCACCAUUGGUGCUGAAUCUUUGGACUAUGGUGAAUUGGCCCAUCGUGUUAUGAGCUACCUAUCCACUUCCAGUUCCUCAUCUUCUCUAUCUUCAUUCUCCUCAUCACUGUCUUAUGAAAAUCUUCUUGCCAUGCUGCAGAGAGAGGACAUUCGAUCAUAUCUUACUGGACCUCGAGGUCCCCCAGGUCCUGCUGGGCCACCUGGACUUGGAGGAGAUAGUUUAGCUUUGUCAUUGGACUAUGAUGAGUUAACAAGACGUGUUAUCAGCUACAUGACAAGUUCUGGAACUACUAUUGGACUUCCUGGACCACCUGGUCCUCCUGGUCUGCCAGGAACAUCUUAUGGUGAUAUCUUAACUUUGCUUCAAGAUUCAGAAUUCAGAGGCAUUGUGGGGCCACCUGGGCCUCCAGGCCCCCCAGGAAGAUCAGGUAGCUCUGUUUCCACCCUUACUGCAGAGGAUAUCUCCACAUAUCUACAAAGUAUGGGAUAUUCCUUGGGUGCUGGUCCCCCUGGGCCACCAGGCCCCCGAGGCCUCCCAGGACCACCUGGUUUUUCAGGAACUGGUGUUAUCUCUCCUGAGUAUGGAGUUUGGAGUGACCAGUUCAGGAGUGAAUUGAUCCAAUACCUUACAAGUGAUGAUGUACGUAGCUUCAUCAGAGGACCACCUGGACCUCCAGGACCACCUGGACCAAGAGGAGAUGGCAGCUUUAGGGCUGAAAAUUAUAGAAGUUCUGUAAAUUCAGAAGGAACAUAUGGCAGAUCUACAAGUUCUGGCUUAUCGUAUGAUGCAUCAUUAGCCACAGGAGAAUCAAGCAGCAAUUUGUUCAGAAGCAAUGGUGGAUUACGUGCAGAUGAAUCUUAUGCUGGAACAUUUGGAAGAGAAGGAUCACAAAUGAGUUUAAUAGGUGAAAAAGGAUCUUAUAUGAGAUCCUAUGAUGGGUCAUUGGAUUACAAUGAAUUAGCAUCCAGGGUCUCUGAAAACAUACAGAGCCGAGGCCUUCUUCAAGACAUUUUCACUUAUCAUACACAAGGCCCACCUGGACCACCUGGCCCCCCUGGUAUUAGCAAAGUGUUUGCAUCCUAUGGCAAUAUCACAGCAGACCUCAUGGAUUUCUUCAGAGCUUAUGGAACCAUUCCAGGCCCACCUGGACCACAAGGACUGAUGGGAUACCCAGGCCGUAAAGGUGAUACUGGAUCAAUGGGCCCACCAGGCCCCCAAGGACCAAGGGGUCCAAAAGGUGAAAAAGGUGAAUCAGUGUACAGUGGUCGAAGUAGAAGACAAAGUACAAGAGCCUAAACUAAGAACACAAAUUAGGGCACAGAUUAUCCCAAAUAUUGUUGUUGUUUCUUAAUGCCAAAAGAGAUGAAACACCAAUGGCUAUUGACUUUCACUAAAGAAACAUCAAUCUGCUACAAAGACUUGGUAUUUGGGGAAUUAUUUUACUAACAUGUUCUCUUAUGUCUAGAUUCUCGAUGGCUUUCAGAGGCUUGUAAUUAGUCACUUGUUAUAAUUCUAUAUUAAUUAGGAGAUCUAUCAUUGAACUAUGAGGAUUUUAUAUCUGCAUACCCUGCCCAAUUCAUCUUAUUAUCCAGACACAUCUGAAUUCCUUCAGAUAAAUACUAGAACAUUUUCAUAUAAUUUUUGAAACAUUUUUUAAAAACCAUUUUCAUUUUGAAAAUGAAAGGAUUAAAGGUGGGUACUUUAUCUAGCAAGGGAUGUAUCUAACAGUGCUGCAUUUAAAACGGGGGCUAAAAUCAAAAUAUUGCCAGCAGGAUGUAUAAAACAUGUUAUAUUUUAUAUACUGUAUUUCUCCAUUCUUUCAAACCCUGUUAACUGCAUUGUGAAGAAUAUUGGAAUUAAUGAUAUUUAAGCAUUUUUGUUAGAACUGAUAAAAAAAAAGUUUGCUAUGGUUUUUUAUCACAUGAAAUGCCUUUUUAAUAUCCAGCUUUUCAUUAGCUCUCAUAUAUAUUCUAGCCUUUGGUUUCUACUAAGGUUAAAGUAGUGUGUUGUUCCGGCAUAGUUAGGAGGGAAGUUUUUAAGCGAACUAUUGAUUUGUUUUGGUCUUGGUGCUUUCAAGUCAGUCUUGACACCUGGAAACUACAUGGACAAGUCCCAGACGUUUUCUUGGCAACAUUCUCAGGGUGGUUUGCCAUAGCCUUCUCCCUAGGGCUGAGAAUUUCUCAAUUUCCAGUGUGGUACUUUUAACCACAACAUCAAACUGGCUCUCAUAAUAGUAACUACGAUAGUACAAUUUCAUACUGAGUUCAGUAUCAUGUCCUUCAAAAUGGAAUAAUCUUACAUAAAAACACUUCUACCUUUACAAUGAACACCUUUCAAGCUUUUUUCAAUAAGAAUCUACAACCCCAAUUAAUUUCAUCAUAGAAUUAUAUGCACAAAAUAGGUAAAGGACAUAAGCAUAUUUAUCCGUAAAAUUUAUUUUCAUAUAGCUUCAGAUCGGUCAAUUUGACAAUGUUGUUUUGUAUUGCCUAAAUUCUCUGAUCCCAUCAAAAUGCACUGUAGUAGUAUUUGCAAAACAAUUGGUAUGAACAGUUAAAUUAAACCUGACAUAAUCAUGCACACACAGUAAAUGGUAUAGUACUGUGCAAUUCUGUGCAUGUCUAAAAGGUUCCACUAAAUUCAGUGGAACCUGUUUCCUUAUAAAUAUUUGCAAAAUGAAAACCUAAUGUAUUGCAAUUAUAGACAUGAAAUCCAGCUUUCCUAAGCCUGUAAACAUAAUUUCAUACUGAAAUUAUUAGACAGAUAUACUGUCUGCUUGUCUCUUUUUCAAUCUGUCUAGGCGCGUAUGCACACAUAUCCCUCCAACAGAUUUGAUUCACACUGUAAUCUUUUAUACUUUAAAUCCUGAAAUGAUAGCUGACAUUUUGAUACUAUACUCAGUUAUAGUUCAUCCUCUAUUUUCUUAUUUUCUACAUGAGCAAUCCUGAUGUUCUAUUGCUUUUGUGACAUCAAGUCAUUGCCAACUCGAUUGGUAACAAAAGGAUACAGAUGUAGAUGAUCAACACCAAUGCUAGAUUGCCCAUUUACAAGUUGCAAGUGGUCAAGUGACUAAUUUCCAGUUCUCUCCAGAUGGUACUAAUCUCCAAUUCUUGAAGUUGCAUGGAUGAAAAUUUAGUAUAUUUAGAAAGCACCAGAUUGGAGAGAUUUAUCCCCCCAAAAAACACACAAGAUGAAGAACUGCGGUUUAUCUUUUUUUU